AUGAAGCUGGACAGGCCGAAAUCCGUUGGUGAAUUAUACGCCUACAUCCCACCAACACCACGCAACGCACACCAGCUAUCACGAGUCCCCCCACUUUCGAAGGAGAACAGAGAUUAUGGAUAUUCCGUUGGCAGAGGCUCUUUUCACCUCGAUCGUGCUGUAGGACGGUGGAUGAGCGUUGCGUUUCGAGUCAAGUUGAAUGAUGUUGGGGAGGAGAACGGCGAAAUAACACUCUACAUCGACGGCUCCCUCGUUAUAUCCAUCGACGGAUUAUCCCUCCGGACUUCUGAGUAG